CUUGCUUUGCUAGGAUCCCGUGCUUUUACCGGAUCCUAUUUCUGCCUUCUGCCCUCGUGCCUCUUUCCGGGCACGUCUAAUCUUUCAAAACGGCGGUUCUAUCGCACGCCUCGCGGGACAGCCUUGUCCCUCCUCAUCUUCUCGGGAUGCAGGACCUCUCAGCGCCUGGUGGUAUCCCCACUGGCCCUGCCGCCAACUCAGGGGGGAGAUAUGGUCACGCGUCUAAGCCUUCCAACAGCGAUACCGGUUUCUCUCACGGUGCUUUCACUUCCAACAUCUCUGGCUUUGCUGACAGACAUCCUCGCCGUGGUAACAUUCCUUCAAUCAACACUCAGCAGCAGCUAAACCCUCCUGUUCAGAACAACAUACCUGACAUGACCACCCCUGGCACCGGCUUCGAUAUGCAGUUCACUCCUUUGCUACCGUCCCAGUUGCUUCUCGGUAGUCCCUUUCAACCUGGUACCCCGGCUGCUUUCAACAGCCCCCAGUUUCAGAACUUGUCCGCCUUUCAGCACAGCCAACAACAGCACAAUGGUCAGCAACAGCAGAAUGGUAUGACGAGCCCUGUUCAGCAGAACAUGUCGCCCCAGACUUACCAAUCGAUCGUGUCUCCCUCUACGUACGGCGCCCCGCAGUUCUUUCAACCGCAGUCACCCAAUGGUUCAUUCAACAAUAUGAAUGGUAUGCAGAUGCAGCCUCAAUCGCCGACAUUGAGCCCUGGUAUCGUUACCGGAACUAGCAGGACGGUCUACCUUGGCAACAUCCCCCCUGACACUUCCGCCGAAGAAAUUCUUGGUCAUGUUAGGAGCGGUCAGAUCGAGUCGGUUCGGUUACUCCCUGACAAGAACUGCGCUUUCAUCUCUUUCCUUGACGCAAAUGCCGCCACUCACUUCCACUCGGAUGCUAUUUUGAAAAAGCUUUGCAUUAAGGGACAGGAUAUCAAGAUCGGCUGGGGCAAGCCUUCUCAGGUUCCUACGUCAGUCGCGUUGGCUGUUCAGCAGUCUGGGGCAUCUCGGAAUGUUUACCUUGGAAAUCUGCCUGAGGAUAUCCCAGAAGAGGAGUUACGUGAGGACUUGGGAAAGUUUGGCGCAAUCGAUACAAUCAAGAUUGUCCGAGAGAAGAAUAUCGCCUUUGUUCAUUUCUUAUCCAUCGCCAACGCUAUGAAGGCGGUUCAGCAAUUGCCGCAGGAGCCUAAGUGGCAAUCCCCUCGUCGCGUUUACUACGGUAAAGACCGCUGCGCGUACGUUUCGAAGACGCAGCAGCAGAACGCGGCUCAGUACCUCGGCAUUGCUCCUGGGUAUGCUCACAUGUUGACAGGCCAAGAUCGCGAGGUGAUUUCCAGCGCUCUCGCCCAGCAAUCGGUUGCUGCCGCUGCAGUUGCCACUACAGCCGGUGGUAUCAACAACUUGGGCAAUCGAACCAUCUAUCUUGGUAACAUUCACCCAGAGACGACAAUCGAAGAAAUUUGCAAUGUUGUACGUGGCGGUUUGCUUCACCAUAUUCGGUACAUUCCGGACAAGCAUAUUUGUUUCGUUACUUUCAUCGACCCCACGGCGGCGGCUUCUUUCUACGCCUUGAGCAAUUUGCAGGGCUUGAUGAUUCACAACCGCCGUCUGAAGAUUGGUUGGGGAAAGCACUCCGGUGCUCUUCCGCCGGCUAUUGCGUUGGCUGUUAGCGGUGGCGCAUCUCGUAACGUCUACAUUGGUAACUUGGAUGAGACCUGGACUGAGGAGAGAUUGAGGCAAGACUUUUCGGAGUAUGGUGAGAUUGAAUUGGUGAACACGCUACGUGAAAAGAGCUGUGCUUUCGUCAACUUCACGAACAUUGCCAAUGCGAUUAAGGCUAUCGAAGCCGUCCGGAGCAAGGAUGAGUACAAGAAGUUCAAGGUCAACUUUGGCAAGGACCGGUGUGGAAAUCAACCUCGACAACUGCAGCAGCAAGCUCAGUCUCCUCGUGGAGAGGGUGUGGCCUCGCCUGCACCCGUCGGCAGCGGAAGCGGUAGCUCACCCACCAACCCUACCUCUCCCCAGUCUGCCAACAGCGUCAGCAUGUUUGCUAAUGGCAACAAUCCGCUGACUAUGUACUUGAAUCAAGUGUCCCAGCAAGCACAGCACCACCAGCAUCAGCAACAGCAGAUCCUAGCUUCGCAACAGGCGGCCUUAUUCGGUACCGCAGCAUCAUCUCCGAAUGAGCUUGGUGUCGACGUUCCUCAGCUAGGAUCCGGGUCUGGUCACGGCCAAUCAGCCAGUAUCUCGAACGGAUACGCAAACGGUUCCGCCUCCGGUGCCCCAACCAUUGGCGGCCUGCUCGCCCCCGGUAAUCCCCGAGGGCAGCACAACCGCGCCGUGAGCUUGCCAGUUUUCGCGCCUGGUUUUGAGAACGGUGGCAACAGCCCCGUCAGUGCCGUUGGAGGUCUCACCGAGGGAGAACGACGGGGACACCAAUAUCAGGCCAGCUUUGGUGGCAUGGGUUCAGGACUUGGUCUUGCGAUCCAAGGCGGACUGAACGGCUGGGUUGAAGAGGAGGUUGCCAAUUGAUGUGACACGGCCACUCUACGGGCGAGUACUAGGGAAAGAUAAUAUGUUGUAAUUGUUGCGUUGAUUUUCUUCGGCGUUAUUCAUUCAGAUUUCCACGGCUAUGGUUGUGU